AUGAUCUUUGCAAGACUCACUGGAAAACACGCUGGUUAUGCUGAUCACGCUGUCGCCUCUAGGAGCGGAGAGGGUUCGGCCAAUUUCAGUGCGGAGCGGGUUCCACCACCCGUCAUUGCGGUAGACAAUCCUGUUAUUCGUGCAAUCUUCAAUCGUGACCGGUCUGUCAGCGUUGCCAGUUCUUUUAAUUCUCUUUUCGAUGGACCGUAUCAGGAGGACGAAGAGUUCGUGGGGACAGGAUCAACUCUGGACAUGUCGUUGCAACGCUAUGCAUAUGAAGAAACUUCCGACGAGGCGAUGGAGGAGGUCGACUGCGAUCUUGUCAUCUACGAUGACGACCUACACAGCCGACACCCGUCCCUAAGUCCAACGCCCACUGUGGUGAAGAUGGAAGAAAACUACGAGCCUGUUCUCCAGUGGGAGCCUAUCGGCACGCACGAUCGUGUGGCUGAUGCUCUUGUGCCAAACGCUCCUCAACUCUCCGGGCUCUCCUCUGGCCUCUGCACAUGCAAACCUGCCAUGUCAAUCGAGCUACACGCAACGCCACUUGAUGAAGGCAAUCCCACGUUCGCGAUGGGGGCACCCAGCAUGGACGCGAUGCAGUCGUUAUUGGAACCUCCCCAAACAAGGGCGGCAGACGGAUAUUUAAGGAGGACUGCUCCAUUCUUUCCUCAUCACCUUCUUCAACAAUUUCCUCCUCCUCUGCGGAUCCUUCCGAUGCUUUCAGACUGUUAUUGGGUACGGGGCACCGAAUGGAUAGACCUUAGCGAGGAUGCGACGGGUUUCCUCCUUGAACCCUUCGGCUGGCAUCCUCCGUCGGAAAAUCCUGUAGAGCCUGUUCUUCAGACAAGGAUCGAUCGCCAUCGAUCAACUAGUGUGGCCAGCAGCUACAACUCGUUGUUUGAUGGGCCGUACGAGGAGGACGAAGAGUUGGUGGACACACGCUUCACCCCGGGUGCAUUGUCCCAACACGACUCCUAUAAUGACCUUUACGAUGAGGCGUUGGAGGAUAUCUGCUUUGAUGACGGACAUCACGAUGACGACCCGUACAGUCGAGGCACCUACCCGAGCCCGAUUCCCACUGUUGUGAAGAUGGAGGAGUACGAGUCCGUUCUCCGAGAAGAUCCCAUCGGAACGCACGAUGUCGUGGCUGAUGCUUUUCUACCAGAGUCUACCAACUGGAUUGUGGACGGAGGCAGCGCAAUUCCCCGUGCUCCUCGCAAAGCGAAGAUUAUGGCCAUAGCGCGCCUCACUGAUCACUUCAGAUCCGAGCGGGUCAUGGUCUUAGCCAAGGAGAAACGAUCAUGUAAGCGUUCGCCGCAGUUGACUAGGAAGAGGAGGGCCAAGAGACGAGGAAAGACUCCGGUCAUCGUCGCUAAGCUCGGGAGACAUAAGACCGAGAUGCGCUAG